AUGGAUUCCUUAGCUACACAUAACAAGAUGCUGGAGGCACAAAUCAUCCAAUUGGCACAAAAUGCUAGUUCUUCCUCUAGGCCUUCGGGCAUGCUACGUGGACAAACCGAGACAAAUCCCAGGGGUCAUGUGAAUACUAUAUCCCUUAGGAGCGGAAAACAAUAUGAGGGACCUAAGAUGAAGGAAAAUGAUGGGGUAGAUGGUCAUCAUGAAGAAAAAAAUGAAAAUGAAGUAGAUGAUGAUAAUGAGACCCAAAUGCAAGAAGAAGAAAAAGUUGAGAAAUAUAUAUCUCCCACUCCUUACAAGCCUCAUCUACCCUUUCCCCAAAGGUUAGCUAAGGCUAAGUUAGAAAAGCAGUUCGGAAAAUUUUUGGAGAUUUUGAAAAAGUUACACAUCAAUAUCCCGUUCACUGAGGCUAUUUCUCAAAUGCCUUCUCAUGCUAAGUUCUUGAAAGAGAUACUAUCUAAUAAAAGGAAGUUGGAAGAAUAUGAGACUGUGGCCCUUACUGAGGAGUGUAGUGUUAUCAUCCAAAAUAAGUUGCCUCCUAAACUUAAGGAUCCAGACUCAUUUUCUAUUCCUUGUGUUAUUAGUAAUGUCUCUAUUAACCGUGCUUUGUGUGAUUUGGGUGCAAGCGUCGGUAAGUUCUUUAUCCCGGUUGAUUUCGUUAUUUUGGAAAUACAAGAAGAUUCUCAUUUUCUAAUUAUAUUAGGAAGACCCUUCCUUGCUACUGCAGGUGCUAUAAUCAAUGUUAAAAAUGAAAGACUCUCCCUAAAUAUUGGAGGGGAGACGGUAGAAUUUGAUUUAAGCAAUGCUAUGAAACUCCUUCUAACUGAUAAAGUAUGUUACAUGGCCGACGUGAUUGACAAGUGUACACAUGAGCAACUUGCAAACCAUUACUCAGCUAAUCUGCUUGAGAAGUGUUUAGUAAGCAACGGUUCAAUAAAUGAUGAAGACACCGAGGUAGCCGCAUAUGCUCAAUCUUUAAAAUCAAUAUAA